UCUUCUGAGGAGCAUUAGCGGUUCGUAAAUACCCUUUCGCUUUUGAUUUAGGGCUACCGCCUCAGGUUUUUGCAGUUAUUGGAAUUUGAUCUCUCUCUCUCUUCUCUCUCUCUCUCUGUUAUUUCAUUAGGAAUGGCCGGAAGCGGAGUGGUGACGGUGUACGGAAAUGGCGCAAUCACCGAGACGACGAAGAAAUCGCCGUUCUCGGUGAAGGUAGGGCUGGCGCAGAUGCUGCGCGGCGGAGUCAUCAUGGACGUCGUGAACGCCGAGCAGGCGCGCAUCGCCGAGGAGGCCGGCGCCUGCGCCGUCAUGGCGCUGGAACGCGUGCCUGCAGACAUUCGGGCGCAGGGAGGCGUGGCGCGGAUGAGCGACCCGCAGCUAAUCAAGGAGAUCAAGCAGGCGGUCACGAUUCCUGUUAUGGCGAAGGCUCGCAUCGGCCAUUUCGUCGAGGCUCAGAUCCUGGAAGCCAUCGGCAUCGACUACGUCGACGAAAGCGAGGUCCUCACCCUGGCCGACGACGACAACCACAUCAACAAGCAUAACUUCCGCAUCCCCUUCGUUUGCGGCUGCCGCAAUCUGGGCGAGGCCCUCCGCCGCAUCCGCGAGGGGGCGGCGAUGAUCCGUACCAAAGGCGAGGCCGGAACCGGCAACAUCAUCGAGGCGGUGAGGCACGUGCGCUCCGUGAUGGGCGACAUUAGGUUAUUGCGGAACAUGGACGACGACGAGGUCUUCACGUACGCCAAGAAAAUCGCUGCCCCCUAUGACCUGGUGAUGCAGACCAAACAGCUCGGGAGGCUUCCGGUGGUCCACUUCGCCGCCGGCGGUGUCGCGACCCCGGCCGACGCGGCUCUGAUGAUGCAGCUUGGCUGCGACGGGGUUUUCGUUGGCUCCGGUGUGUUCAAGAGCGGUGACCCGGCGCGGCGCGCUCGGGCGAUUGUUCAGGCCGUGACUCACUACAGUGACCCGGAUGUCCUGGCCGAGGUCAGCUGCGGUUUGGGCGAGGCUAUGGUUGGGAUAAAUCUAAACGACGAUAAGGUCGAGAGGUACGCCAACAGGUCGGAGUGAUCGACUUCGUUGACAUUGCCUGGACCGUUAUAUUUGCCUGUCUUAGCACUAUUUUCUUUUAAUAAGUUCAAUGUUAUAAUUUUAGUUUAUUAGUGUCAUCUUAGGCCUUGAAGAACUUUUAAAUUUUAUCUGUGCAAUGGAGUGGAUUGGGUUCUCUCUCUCUUAUAGGAUUUUUGACUGUAUAGUGAUUUUUAUGUUGUGUUAUAUGAAGUUCUUUUACUACUGGUUUGUCUGA